AUGAGCAUACGUUAUCUUGCUGAAAAUGGCUGUUAUGAAGCUUGUAAUACCUUCUUCCUGGAAUGCGCUCAUCUCUCGGAGAUCCGAGGUCAAUUCCCUUCAGCAUACGACAUUACAUGCCGCGUUGGUGGUAUCUCUCUUAUGGACCUUCUUCACGACUACAUCAGGACUGUCAAUCUGAUCAAUGAAGAACUAGAGGCUCGCUCGCCAACCUGGACCUCUUCUCCCAGUGCUGCCUGUCGCCCCGGCCAGACCUCCACCUGUCUGAAAACGUUUAUCAAUCGGUACUGUUCAGUGCCCAGUGGAAUUGCCACCUCUUUGCCUCACUCUUCUUCUUUAUCCUGCUCGUCCUCCGGGGCAGCAUUGAUGACGACUAGCCAACGACCUCAACCAGCACCAUCUUCGGGUAUAUCCUUUCACCCAGCCUAUCGAACACAGCAGAGCCGUAUUGCAAUGGCCCGACACAGUGGUGGCGGUAGUAGUAUUCAGUCUUUUCCUCCGGUGCCUUCUGCGGCUGGCACCACCUCUUCCGCAGCCGCCAUAUUUGUGCCUUUGCAUCCAAUCGUCACAGGUAAGUUUUCAUAA